GAUGGAAGCGGUGGAGCGAUUGGCGCACGUGGGGCGGCCCGCUGCGCUUCCUGGGCGUGCCGGGGCGCGGGCUGCGGAAGUGGGUGGACGUCACGAUCCCGUGCGGCGUCUCGAUUCUGCUCGACGUACCCGAUAUAAGCGUGAAGACGCUCACCGUCAAGGGCUGGCUCAAGGUUCUCGAUUCCCCGUCGCUCCCUAAGAUCGACGUCAACGCGCAUUUCAUCGUCGUGAUGGGGCGGCUGACGGCGGGCGAGCCGAGCCGCCAUUUCUCGAGCCGCCUCACCUUCACCCUGUUUUCCGGGAGCCGCAAGCCGUACAUGCUGUCGAAGCUCGCGCCGGCAGAUGCGGCGAACCCUCGCGACCUGGGCCACAAGGCGUUCAUCGUGGUGGGCGGGCAGGUGCAAUUUCACGGCAUGCCGGGCGGCAGCGACACGCCCUCGUGGGUGCGACUGAGUGAGACGGCCAGUGCCGGCCAGCGCUACGUCCUCGUGGACGCUGACGUCAGCAAAUGGGCGGCAGGGAUGACUGUAGCUCUGGCCUCCACCAGUAACGACCUGAACGAGGCAGAGCACCAUCAGAUCACCUCAGUUGCCGCUGACAUCAGCAAUCCUGGCGUUUUCCGCAUCAACCUGCAGACCCCCCUGAGGCACACCCACCAGGGGGAGGUGUUACCUGACGGGGGCAUGGGCACCGUAGGAAUCUUCGGGGAAGUUGCGCUGCUGGACCGCCACGUCAGCAUCCAAGGGACGAAUGAGCCGGCGCCACAUCAGCUCGACGGGGGCCAUUUUAUCAUCUACAUGACACCUACCAAGCAGACUCUGGAGGGUGUGCAGUUUAAAGGACUCGGAAAUCAGGGGACACUGGGGAAAUACCCCGUGCAUUUCCAUAUCUGCGGGCAGGAUGGGCAGGGUCACGUGGUUCGGAAAAACGCGAUCGUGUUUACCCGACAGAGGUGCAUGGUGAUUCAUGCCACGGGCAGCAUGACAAUAGAGGACAAUGUAGCGUACGAAACGAAGGGCCACUGCUACCUGCUGGAGGAGGGCAGUGAACUUAACAAUAACUUCAGGCGCAACCUCGGGAUCAACGCGAGGAAAGUGGAGAAGGUGAUUCCCCCCGCCAGCAGCAGCAAGCUGGACAAGCAGACGGACCGACAGCCCACCACGUUUUGGCUGGGCACUCCGCACAGCAACUUCAUUGACAAUGUUGCUGCUGGCUCGGAAGACUCUGGAUUCUGGCUGGAAGCAACGCCAUACAUGAGAGGAGUAUCCCGCCUGCUGCCUGCGAUCGGAGCCAUCAACCCGCUCACCUACAACUGGGGGGAAUACACCGGCAGUGUCGCUCACAGCAACGUGUUUGGGUUUCGCACGUACCCGCACGGCUCGUAUGCGCGCUACCCGGUGUAUAAUACAGACCCUGCUCCCUUGGAGGACUUUUUGAUUUACCGCAACACAGUCGGAAUGUUCUUCUUCAACAGCGAGCGCAUAGUGGUCAAGAACGGAAUCUUUCUGGAAAACGCCGUGGGCAUAGACCUGAGCCGCAACGUCAAGCUCUCAGCCUCUGGCUGCAAGUUCAUCGCUCGAGCUGCCGUUGCUCCUUCUGGUUCUGCUGGUGCUUCUGGUGCUGGUGGUGCUACCGGUUCUGCUGCUUCUCCUGCCGCUGCUCCUGCCGCUGCUCCUACUCCCCCUCCUCCUGCUGCUGCUGCUUCUCCUGCUCCUCCUCCUCCUGCUACUGCUACUACUUCGUCCUAUUCUUCCUCUUCUGCUACCGUUCAAUAUAUCAGAAGCACCAGCAGCAGCAGCACAAUUCCCGGCGCCGAUUUUGAUGCGGACUUGGCUUUAGCUAAGGGCCCGACCACAGUCACUCAACCCGACAGCCUCUCGCUCGCUCUCGGGCCGUUAGACGAGGUGUAUGGUGCUGGAACGGAUUUCACUCGCCCAGAAGAGGAGUUAUUUAAAGAGCUCAAGAGCAAGCCGGGGGCACUGGCACGAGUGAAGCAGCAGCAGAUGGCGGGGCCGAUGCAGCGGGUGAUUGGAGACGGCAAGACAGGCAGCUUUGAGUCGCCUGUGGGGAUUGUCGUCAGCCAGUGCAACCCAUCGGACCCCCCUGGACCCAACUCCAUUCAGAAUUCCUUCUUCUCAGGCUACGGUGCUACGGACGAUGCCAGCUAUGCCGUGCUCCUCACAGCCAACCACGCGGGCGGGUACUGGAACAGUGCUUUCUUUGUCAAGGGCCUAACAUUUGGUUCUGGAACCAACAAAUUCUGGGCUACUCCCAACCCUACCUCAGGCACGCCGCCCCGGGGGGGUCUGGUGGCGCGCUUCUACGCCAUCCGGGAUCUCGACGGAUCCCUCCUCGGCCAAUCAGGCUUCGCCGUUGCCAACUACGAUCCGAUCCUGCCGCCCCCCGCUGUCCGGGCGGCAAAGUGCAACUUUAAGAGCGCAGAGAACGCAUAUGUGUGCACGGGAGUGUGCUAUCGAUCGGUGGGGAUCGGGUACCACGAGUGGGGAGUGCGACCAAACGGCAUGGCUGGGCUUCCGGCUUACGUCCUGAGGCCUUAUAGUUACGUGGUGGUGACGAGAGUGGAGGAUGGAGCUGUGUUCACAGACUACGGGACAGACAACGAUAACCCCAACAGCGGCCCGGCUGUACCGACCAAGAAAGUCCGCCGCUACCUCACAGCCUCGCUGCUCGCCGGAUACACCUACCGCCUGCGCAUCGUGCCCGCGCCCACCAACCCGCUGUUCUAUCCCCAGGGGAUUUUCGUGCGGUCGUACGACCAGGAAGGGUGCGCGGGGGCGGUUACGGUGAUUCUGGAGCCCAAGGAUGCGAACAGCCAAUGGGUGACCAACACCCCCACCAUUCCCUGCACGGGUCAGAACAGCAGCCUGGCCUACCAGCAGUACCAGUGCAUCGACGGACAAGCGAAGCUGGCGAUCCGCAUAGGGGAGAACAGCUACGGCAAUCACGCCAUCGUCAACUCUACUGCUGCUGCCAGCCAGACGUGCACAGAGGACACACCUUGUUCCACGACUGCCGCAGCACCUUCCUCCACUCCCCAGGCCUCCCCCUACUCCUCCGAUCCCCUCACUCCCAUGUCCACUUCCGCUCAGCCUCUCUCCCCCACUCGCACAACGGCCGGCAACAUCGACCCUUUCUAUGACCCCGCCUUUUAUGCUCCCUCGUGA